AUAAAAUAGAAGAUGCUGAAUUUGAUAAUUUAGGAAGAAUUACUAAAGCACAACAAAUUAAGAAUGUGAAUAUACAAAAAUUAGGAAACUGGGAGAAUAAAUUUGAUGAUGAAAAUGAUCAAAUAUUUUUAUCAACAGAAUGGAAUAGUGAUUUUAAUUUAGGAGGCAGAGAAAUACAUCCAGCUGAUGAUGAUACAGAAAAAUGGAAUUUAAAUACUUUAUUUGAAUUAUCUUUAAAAUCUCCAGCAUUUUUAGAAUCAGAUGAAAUAUUUACUAAUGCAUACUAA